AUGAGCACCUCCCUCGCUGUGAAAAUUGACCAUUUGACGUACACCUUCCCCCAGCAGGCGGCCCCCGCGCUGCACGACGUCUCCUUGGAGAUCCCUUGGCACACCCGCACUCUGCUGGUGGGCUGCAACGGUGCCGGGAAAUCGACGAUCCUGCGUCUGCUGAGCGGCAAGCACCUGUGCCUGGGCGGCAACAUCCUCGUGAACGACCACAACCCUUUCUCCCCGCUGCCGCUCGACGGCGACGCCGGCGACGUCGUCAACUGCGUCUACCUGGGCCUCGAGUGGGCCCACAUGGAGAUCAUCAACAGGGACGUCCGGGUGAGCGAGCUGCUCGACAGCAUCGGCUUCGCGCAUUUCGAGCAGCGCGGCCGCGAGCUGCUGCAGAUCCUGGAAGUCGACACGCACUGGCGCAUGCACAUGCUGAGCGACGGCCAGAAGCGCCGCGUGCAGCUGGUGAUGGGCCUGCUGAAGCCGUGGCGCGUGCUGCUGCUGGACGAGGUGACGGUCGACCUGGACGUCAUCGGCCGCAGCCGCCUCCUGGCGUUCCUGGAGCACGAGACCCAGCGCAGACGCUGCAGCGUGCUGUACGCCACGCACAUCUUCGACGGGCUGAACAGCUGGCCGCACCGGGUGCUGCACCUGGACCGCGGCCGCAUCGUCGACUCGCUGGCGCUGCCCGCCGACGUCCAGUUCACCGCCGCCCGCGACGCCGAAGUCGCCGAGAACCGCGACACCGCCGGCCACCGCGACACAAAGCCGACGCUGACCGUCCCCAAAAGUGACAGCCUGCACCCGCUGGCGCUGCAUUGGCUCGCACGUGACAGGGACCGCACCUAG